GCUGUCCCUGCCACUGCUAGGGUUACACUCUUCCUGGGAUGUAGAAGGGCAAGGCAAGAGCAAGUGCAAGCAACAGUGGUGGUUCGGACGUGCCAGAAACUCUGGGAUUGUGGAAUAAUCCAAAGCUGCUUCUUCCCUGGAACGUUUGGGGUCUGUUUUGAAGUGGGUUUUAGUUCUCUUUAAUCCCAGGGACUCUUUUGGUUUUAGACAUGCCUCUGUCCGCCCCCGCCCCCCCUAACAAGAGGAAAAAGCCCUCCAAGAUCAUCACCGACUUCACCAACAUCACACAAGAUGAUCAGGAGUCCGACCCUGAAGCUAGCGAGUUUGACUUGGGGACCAAGAUCAAGACCCCCAAGGACACCAUGCUGGAGGAGCUGUCCCUGAUGAAGAACAGGGGCUCCAGGAUGUUCCAGUUGCGUCAGCAGCGCGUGGAGAAAUUCAUCAUCAGCACUGAGCACAUGCAAAAUCUUCAGGAGCUGGUACCAUCUCUAGGCUGCGAGAUGCUUCCCCCAGUUCCCCCAAAGCCUGCUGCGCCUGAACCAGUCAAAGAGGAGGUCGAUGAGGCUGCCGAGAAGGAGAAGAGGAGGCGUGAAUAUGUCAAGACGUACAUGUCUCCAUGGGAACGUGCCAUGAAGGGAGAUGAGGAGCUGCGGGCUACCAUGCACUCAAAGAUGCCUGGACCACAUGUGUACAAGGAUAUGCCCAAGUUCAAGAGCUUCAACAGAACGGCAUUACCUUUUGGAGGCUUUGAGAAGGGCUCCAAGCUGCUGACCUUCCAGCCACCGGAGUUGAUUGCCCCCGAGGAGCCCGAGCUGGUGCCAGUGCACCAGUGUGACAUCCGCUCCCGGCCCUCCUUCAACCGCACGCCCAUCGGCUGGGUGUGCAACGACGAGCACAGCCACAUCCACAUGGAGAUGGAUGCCAUACCAUUUGAUGGGGAGACCGACGACCUCUGAAGAUCUUGCCUGCAUGCAAACUUCUAACAGUCACCCACCCACACACACACACACUCAGGCACGCAAGCGCCUGCACACACACAGACAUACACACACACACACACACACACACACACACACACACACACACACACGCACACUCUCUAAGGCAGACUGCACACAAAUUCUAAGACAACAGGGACCUUGUGCAAACAUGGCCCCAGCUUAUACAUAAAAAACUGUGAUAGGUCUUUACUUGCUUGCAGGUUGAAGUGGUUUUAGGAGAAAAUGGCCUAAGUAUGUUGCUAUGCGUGCCAACUUUUCACACCUGUUAUCCCUGGAAGUUAUCAUUUACAAGGUUUAAAAGAGCACUGCAUUAGUAAAGAAUAUUAAGAUGAGGAAGAUGAUGAGACCUGACAACUGAAUGACAGCCUAUCCUUCAUUGUUUCUGAGUAUUGAUACAUUAAACGUUUUAUGUGAUGUAAAGAAAA